AUGGAAUCAGAGGAAAGAAUAGAUGGAGGCUUUGUCGAUCAAGUGGCCGAUUUGAUCGUUGACCCAGCGGAGGUUGGCGUCGAAGAUGAACAAAUUAAAGCUAGCACAGCCAGCGGCGGAAAGGGCCGCACUCUACGUGCGUACAAUGUCUUGGGGGACCCUGAGGUGAUCGUGGUUCCAGAUUUUGUAGGUGCAGCUGAAAUUGAGCAUUUGCUGAAGCUGGCUGAAAACGGUUGGGAGCCAUCAGAGGUGGGCUCCGGAGUGUAUCGUACAAAGAAUGAGGGGCAGGACUUGGAGAAUCAAGUCUCCAACAUUCGGACGUCCUACUCUUGCCUCAUUGAGCCUGGACAUAGUGACGUGGUGACUGCAGUUGAACUUCGUCUGGCAGCACUGGCUGACAUGGAUAUAAAGUUCCUGGAACCAUUGAACAUGGUGAGGUAUGCACCGGGGCAGUUCUUCAAAGAGCAUCACGAUGGACGUUUCCGUCCAAUCACCGUGUUUGUCUACCUGAAUGACAUCCCGCCAGGAGAGGGUGGCGAGACUUUUUUCCCCGAGCUGAAUAUGAAGGUCGUGCCUCGGAAGGGCUGCGCAGUGAUGUGGAAGAACAUCAUUGGCCCUCAACAAGAAGACCACAGAAUGGUGCACCAAGGGUUGCCACCCAAAUCUGCCAUAAAGUAUGGUGUCAAUUGUUUCUUCAAUGACAAGCCCAUGCGACGCUUCAUUGUUGAAGGCUCAGGUUCUGAUCCAUCAACGCCAACCACCUCACCCACAACAUUUAGUGCUAAGAUCACCACUUUGGACCCGGCGGAAAUUGCUUCACGCUAUCCGGCUAAGCAAAAGCACGAAGGACCAGGCCUUUGCUUGCGGAGACUUCGUAUCUCGCAGGAUCCCCCCAUGUGGAUAGUUCCAAAUGUGGUGGACACAAGAGAAGCUGGCCGUCUCAUGGACCUGAUGGACAGGCAGCAGGGGCGUGUGCCUCCAAACGGCUGGAGAGUUCCUGAGGGGGAGGAUAUUCAGGAGUUAAUGGCAGACCUGGAAGGGAGAUUAGCAGCUGCAGCAGGUGAUCCGGGGCAGCCUCCACUUGGAGACUUGGAGUUGAGACGCCUGCCGGCUGAGGCCUUGAGUGGCGCAUCUGUGGUCUCCCGACCUAAGGAAGUCAAACCCUGCAGAGCUGUGUAUCUAUUUCUGCAUGACAUACCAAGUGAUGGUGCCGGAGAGCUGCUGUUUGUGAAGUCGAAGCUCCAGGUGAGGGCUCGCGAAGGCUUUGCGGUCGUUUGGGACAUGGACUCUUCGGAGCAUCAAGGCCUGCCACCGCGAAAUCGUGCACGGUAUGGCAUUUCUUGUACAUUUUGCCUUUGA